GCAGAGUCAGGAAGAUCCCUUCUUCCUGCGGUCGGAUCUGUGUGACAGCUAGCGCAUUGUCUCUCACAUUGGUAGAAAAAAAGACUUGCGGCAGGACUCCGCUGGCGAGAUCAGAAAUACAAAAUAAAGUGGGCUUCGUUUUUAGCGGUUUGUCGUUUAGGGCGGUUUUCUUAUACAAACCAUGGGGAACAGAGAUGAUGAGUACGAUUUCUUGUUCAAAGUGGUGCUGAUUGGAGACUCUGGUGUGGGGAAGAGUAACCUGCUGUCCCGAUUCACACGGAACGAAUUCAACCUGGAAAGCAAGAGCACCAUCGGUGUGGAGUUCGCCACCCGCAGCAUCCAGGUGGACGGGAAGACGAUAAAGGCUCAGAUCUGGGACACAGCGGGACAGGAGCGCUACAGAGCCAUCACUUCAGCGUACUACCGGGGGGCAGUGGGGGCCCUACUGGUGUAUGACAUCGCCAAGCACCUGACCUAUGAGAACGUGGAGCGCUGGCUGAAGGAGCUGCGGGAUCACGCCGACAACAACAUCGUCAUCAUGCUGGUGGGCAACAAGAGCGACCUGCGCCACCUGAGGGCAGUGCCCACCGACGAGGCGCGCGCCUUCGCGGAGAAGAAUAACCUUUCCUUUAUCGAGACCUCAGCGCUGGACUCAACCAACGUAGAAGAGGCUUUCAAAAACAUUCUCACAGAGAUUUACCGCAUAGUGUCACAGAAGCAGAUCGCUGACCGGUCGGCGCACGAUGAGUCUCCAGGCAACAAUGUAGUGGACAUCAGCGUUCCGCCCACCACUGACGGGCAAAGGGGCAACAAACUGCAGUGUUGCCAGAACCUGUGACCCCUGACCCCUGACCCCCAUCAGGAACCCCCUCCUACCUGCCCUCUGGUUUCUGCUUUGCUCCUGAAUAUUGUGCUGCCGCUCCCCUUACCUGCAUACAAAACUUUCUUUUUAUUACUUGUUAACUUUCAUGUGACCUUCUGCCAUGUAAUGAAGUUUUACAACCUCUCUUUCUCUGUCUGUCGUUCAUGGACUGGACACCCAUGCUCCUGCAGUGCAGGGGCAGUGUAGUUAGCUAUUGAAUUCACAAUGAUACUUGAAAUACUGCAGUAAUGUAGUUACCAGUACAGUCCACCAGGUGGUGCGAUGCAUAUGACCACCCUCAGUACAGUAGUUAAAAACCGGAAUCAUGUAAAAUACUGUACCAUUUCAUCAUUAAUAUUAUACAUUGGUUGGGGGGGUGCACAAACAGUUCAAUAUCAUGCCAAAAACGACCUUGAUUGUUGCUGUUAUAUAUCUGACAUAUUUUAUUUAGUCAUAAACAGGCUAUGAAUUUAAAAUAGAAAGAAAGACAUCAAAUCUUUUCCAGUUGACAAUGAUAUGGGUGGGGGCGUUUGACAUACUGCAGCUUAAUUAGCCUAAUUGGUCAGGUAGAAAAGGUGUUACGUAUUAACAACAUAAACUAAAUGUGUCCUGAAUCCAUUUCUCACUUUUCUGUUUAAAGCUUAAUAUAGUACACUAAAGUGUGGAGGCAUACAGUAUAGAAUCUUCAGUACUCUGUGGAAACUAAAGUGCAAAUAUUUGAAAGAAUAUGAUAUCACGCACAGUGAAGUAGAUGGUAGAGCAUUUAAGUCUUGUCUUUUGAGAAUAAUGUAUUUAUUCACUAAUGGAAAGGUAGAGAAAAAAUAGAUACGUUCAGGGGGCAAAAUUGUAGUUGAUUAGGUGAUCCUCAGUGACAGGAUUAUGCAGGAAAUGGAGGGUCCAUUAUGCAAUUAAGAGUAAAAUAAAGUCCUGAAAGGGGUGGAGUUUCUGUAACGAGCCAAAUUUAUGUCCCUGGAAUUGACGGCUCACUUUCCCUCCAAAUGAUGGACGUUCAAUAUUGAAUCACAGGACUCGUAUUUAUUUUGGAAUGAAAUGCAUUAAAACACAAACUCAACACCUUUCCUUUCAUUGUGUACAUUCUGUAACAAGCAGGCAGGCAGAUUUUUAAGGACAGAAAUAAAUCAAUGUUGGAAAAGCA